GAGCGGCGGCGCGCACAGUGUGUCUAAGUUGAGCGGUGUCCUUCAGGAGCAUGCAGCAGGCAGAGGAGGCGAGGCUGCGCACCGGCAGCCCGGCUGCGGCUCGGGAGAGGCGACACCUGGCGCUGCGCAUCACUAACCAGGAGGAAGUGAAAAGGUAUCAUCAUAACUGCAGUCACAGCGGAGGACAUGUUUCCAAGGUUGAGCGCGUGUCUGUGUGUUGUUGUUGUUGUUGUCGUCACAGCAGCAGUUCCUGUAGGACCGAGGAGGAGCCUGACAAUAGCCCUCAGCGCCGUGAGCAACGCAAGCACCUGGAGGUCAAGGCUGUGGUGAUUCAGCGGGCUUGGCGUGCCAGCAUGUCUUGCAGAGAAAGCCAGCAUGGGAAACAGAAAAAGUGUAGCAGCCAUUAUCAUGGUGCCACGUCCCCAUCAAAAAUCCUCCAGGAGCCCAUGAUGACUGCUGAUAUUUCUACGGAGGAACUGAAGAGCCUGCCGAGCAACGUGAAGAUGGUCAAUAAUGAAGGUUUCCAGCUUCAAAGUGACGGACUGGACAACAACAUCAAUAUCAACAUGCCCCCCAUGGAGACAAAGAUGUUGAUUAUCCAGCAGGCCUGGCGUGAUUCUCUGCAGAGACAGGAAUUGGAGAAGCGGAGCCCGUCUCCACCAUCUCUUUUGUCUGACAAGAUGAGCAUGUCCAUCAGCAUGACAACCCUAUCAGAUGGCAGCACACCUGAUUACCGGGAGGAUGGCAUGGACCUGGGGAGUGAUGCAUCCAGUCGCUCCAGCUCAGAGUCCAACUCCAACAAGGUUACACCUUGUUCCCCUUCUCUUGAUCUGGCCACUUUGGAGGACUACAAAUCCUCCCCCUCCCUGGACCUGGUUACCUUAGAUGACUAUGAGGAGGAUGAGGACUACCAAGAAUAUAAGAAGAAGGUGAUAGAGGAGUGGGAGAGCGAGUACGGGGAGGAUUAUACUUCCCCACUGCCCCCUGGUCAGGAAGAAGGAGGGGUAGGUCUGGAGGAGCUUGGAGGAAACUACGAGAAGACCGCAAACACCUGCAGCCUGGCUGAAGGGUUCCACGAUAUGAAGACCAUCCUGCCCCUCUCGACCCCCGGUGGUCACACUGCCACCUCCGUCUCAGCCAUCCCACAAGAACUGAAACAGAAUGGCAACCUGAUUUUACCCAGGAGUGAACCGCUUCAGUCCCCUGAGGCAACACAUGGGGGCACAGGGACUCGAAAGACGAGCCACCGCAGCUCCAGUCGUGGCAGCGCGAGCCGUGGCUUAGGUGGGUGCGGUGGAGCGACUGGGGGACGGAUGGGUGGGUAUGGUGAGGAGGAGCAUUUGGAUGACGAGCCUCUACCCACCAUGGACUGGGCAGCUCUGGAAAGACACCUGGCUGGGCUGCAGUGCAGAGAGCAGGAAAACCAGAACCUCAACCAAAACCAGAACCACAACAUGGGCAGGACAAACUACACCUCAGCCCAGAAGAAUGAGAGGGAGUCUAUUAGGCAGAAGUUGGCUCUGGGCAGUUUCUUUGACGAUGGACCAGGCAUCUAUACCAGCUGCAGCAAAAGUGGAAAACCCAGCCUGUCAUCACGGCUGCAGAGUGGAAUGAACCUACAGAUCUGUUUUGUCAAUGACAGCGGCAGUGACAAGGACAGCGAUGCAGAUGACAGCAAGACAGAGACCAGUCUGGACACACCUCUGUCUCCAAUGUCCAAGCAGAGUUCGUCCUACUCAGACAGAGACACCACAGAGGACGACUCGGAGUCUCUGGAGGACAUGGAUUUUCUGAGUCGGCAGAAGAAGCUGCAGGCGGAAGCCAAGCUGGCCCUGGCUAUGGCCAAGCCUAUGGCCAAAAUGCAGGUGGAGGUGGAGAAACAGAACCGCAAGAAGUCACCAGUGGCUGACCUGCUUCCACACAUGCCUCACAUCAGUGAGUGUCUGAUGAAGAGGAGCCUGAAGCCCACCGACCUCAGAGACAUGACGCUGGGACAGCUGCAGGUGAUCGUCAAUGACCUGCACUCCCAGAUCGAGAGUUUGAAUGAGGAAUUGGUACAGUUGCUGCUGAUCCGAGAUGAACUCCACAUGGAGCAAGACGCCAUGCUGGUGGACAUAGAGGACCUCACCAGGCAUGCUGAGAGUCAGCAGAAACACUUGGCCGAGAGAACCCUGUCCAAAUAAGAGGCCCCGCUCCUACUACGCUGACCACCAACCUCCACCUUUCUCCAUGCCAGACUUUGCCCCCAUUCUUACACCAAUCCAAAUCCUGCCCCGUUGUCCCAAGUACUUUGCUCCUUGCUGCGUACCUACUGUCCACCUUCCUGUCCCACCCACUGGCUCCAGUGACACCACAGCACAGAAGACCACGCCCCCUUCAUAAGCUUCUGUGGUUGUACCCCAUUGCUGCAGGUGAACACUUCCUGCACCCUGGAAGAAGAGGAAAGCAGUUGUGUGUCAUUAUGGAUUCUGUUCUCGGCUUCAUGUGCAGUGAUCGGCCUCGCUUUGCUAUUGUUUCUUUCUAACUUUCUACAUUUGCCUCUAAAUUAUAACUGUCAAAUGCAAAGAUUGUGGGGAAAAAAUAAAAUAAUAGUGAAAAAUUUCAGUAGAAAAAAAAUCAGUAAUGAGAAGAAAAAGGAAAAGAAGCAGCAUUGUAUGAAAAAAAACUUCUUCAGACUAUUUAAAGUUGGACAGGCAACUUUUUAUUCUGCACAAACGGUAGUUUUCAAGUGAGAAAAGUUAAUUUGAAGGUGCUAAAAAAGUGUAAAGGAAACAUGCCUGCCUUGUAGUGGAGUCGUAGCUUUUUGGUAAAACGUUCACUCUAACUGCUCUUCAACAUUUUGUGAAUGUUGAUUUUCUGACACGAGUAAUUUUAAAUGAAUACGUGUGUUAAUAUUGUUUUCAUCCUAUUGUAUUCAGAAACUUUAUUUGAGGGAAGAAAUGUUUAUGUACAGAUAUGUAAAAUAAAGAAUAAACUUUGUUUCAUAUAUUG